AUGGAUACCUUUCUGUUCACUUCUGAGUCAGUGAAUGAGGGUCACCCUGACAAGCUUUGCGACCAAAUUUCGGACGCAGUGCUCGAUGCGUGCCUGGAGCAGGAUCCAGAGAGCAAGGUUGCCUGUGAGACCUGCACCAAGACCAACCUGGUCAUGGUGUUCGGAGAGAUCACAACUAAGACCAUUGUAGACUAUGAGAAGAUUGUACGCGACACAUGUCGUUCUAUAGGCUUUGUGUCCAAUGAUGUCGGUCUUGAUGCUGACAAUUGUAAGGUGCUGGUCUACCUGGAACAACAAAGUCCUGAUAUUGCUCAGGGAGUCCAUGGCCACCUCACCAAACAACCUGAGGAGAUAGGUGCGGGUGAUCAGGGCCACAUGUUUGGAUAUGCCACUGAUGAAACACCUGAGCUUAUGCCUCUCAGCCAUGUGCUUGCAACCAAGCUCGGUGCUCGCCUCACCGAAGUGCGCAAGAAUGGUACAUGCACCUGGUUAAGACCUGAUGGGAAGACCCAAGUUACUGUGGAGUAUUACAAUGACAAUGGUGCUAUGGUCCCGGUUCGUGUUCACACUGUCCUAAUUUCAACUCAGCAUGAUGAAACCGUUACCAAUGAUGAGAUUGCUGCUGAUCUCAAAGAACAUGUUAUCAAGCCUGUUAUACCAGAGAAGUACUUAGAUGAGAAGACCAUUUUCCAUCUCAAUCCAUCAGGUCGUUUUGUCAUUGGUGGUCCUCAUGGAGAUGCCGGUCUCACAGGGCGCAAAAUCAUCAUUGACACAUACGGUGGUUGGGGAGCUCAUGGUGGGGGUGCCUUCUCUGGGAAGGAUCCCACCAAGGUUGACAGGAGUGGAGCCUAUAUUGCUAGGCAGGCUGCAAAGAGCAUUGUGGCCAGUGGUCUUGCUAGAAGGUGCCUUGUUCAAAUCUCAUAUGCAAUUGGUGUUCCUGACCCCUUAUCAGUGUUUGUUGACACUUAUGGGACUGGAAAGAUUCCAGACAAGGAGAUUCUGAAGAUUGUGAAGGAAAACUUUGAUUUCAGGCCUGGAAUGAUUUCCAUUAAUUUGGACCUCAAAAGGGGAGGAAAUGGAAGGUUCUUGAAAACUGCCGCUUACGGUCACUUUGGAAGAGAGGACACUGACUUCACUUGGGAGGUGGUGAAGCCUCUCAAAUGGGAGAAUUCCCAGGAGUAA